GCUACGUGUGCGAACAUAGGACGUAUGCCGGUAAUUCGCAGCUAUUUUUAAAAAUCCCAUUCACCACGGCACUUGUGAGAAGACGGAUGUACAUACGUCUGAAGCAAUUGUUGGACAGCAACAGCAGUAGCCGCAGCUAGCGCGGCAGCACCAAAGCGAUUUUUGAGCAUUUAUUUUUCUUUCUUUUUUUCGAAGAAAGAGCCAAAUUUAAGGAAAAUUUGGUUCUGCACACCAUUGCCGAAACACCAGCCGGUCAAUAUCGAAAGUAUUUUCAAAACGAGCGGUAACGUUUGCUGUUUGAUCUCGGAAUAUUUGAAACCAAAAAAAAAAAAAGAAAAUUAUUUCAUUUGAUCCAAGAGCCAAGUGGAGUGAAGUGUCCAGCAACAAAAAAAAAAGUGAGGAAAAAAGAAUUUUUGGAAAAAUCAUAGCCAGACAUUGAAAAAUUUGGAUUUCUCUAUAAUUGCUUGGAAGAACAAAAGGGAGAGAGAGAGAGUGAUAAAGGGCAUCAGACAACUACUAAAAGUGUUUUAUAAUUUUCCAAAAAUUAAUUACAUUUUCUAUUGCGAAAACGAUCGCAUCAAGAGCGUCAUUCACAUCGCCCCCACCCUAAACUGAAGGUAUUCUAGAGAGGCCAUCAACACACAAAUACAACAAAAUGUCGGAUGCUAACGGUGAGACAACAUCGGUGACACAGAACAACCAGCAACAGAAUGGCAAGGAACGUUGCUCAUCCACAGAGGAAAAGGAAAUUCCACGUGAACCAGCGCUAACAUGCAAAGAUAUAAAUAUAAAGACUGAAUUGGAGUGCCUUGUCAAAUUGUUGGAUGGCAAAAUUUCCAAAGAUGAAGAGGUGGCCAUUGAAGAAUUGCAUCAGUAUUUGAUCGAAGAUGAAGGUUCCUGGGCCUUAGGUGACAAUUUCUUGGUGUUUGUACAAAGAGUGUUGAGGGAACAGACAUUCUCGCCCGACACCCGGAUACAUAUGAUCCGUACUUUGGCUUUUGCAGCUUUAAAAGAUGAUGUCAUCAUAAUUCUGCAUCAGGAUCGUCGCGAUCAUACUCUCAUGAAUUUUGGAUUUGACAUUGAGAAGCACACACCGGAGGAGCAGCAGGCCUGGGCUUUGUUUAUGUGCAAUCUCUUUGAACAUGUCAGUCCCUCUGAAUGGCUUUUAUACAUAUCCGAAUGGGAAUACAGUGGUCAAACUCUCUCAAAUAUCCGCGUCACCACCAAAGUUGCUGUACAUUGUAUACUCUCCAAUUGUCCCAUGUUAAAGAAUAUCGGCACCAUGAUGCUCUACAAUGUGGCCAUUAAAGAAGUUAAGACUGUGGUAAGUUUGAAGUUGCAGCUCCUUUUUAUAGGAAACUUCCUUUUAAAUGGAAAUCUCGUUUAUUUUGGUAAACAGGUCUUUGAUGAUGUUGCUGUUGAAUUAACCAUGGCAAUUUUACAAUUCUUCCAAAGCAGUCCCAAUGAAGACCAAAUUUUCCGUGCUUGCAAAGCUUUGGCUAGAUUUUUAGAGGUUUCCCCUGAUGUUGCUGCCAUCAUUCAAAUGAUUGGACCACAUCCAAAGCAAUUUUCGGGUAAAAGUGAACGUGUCGAUGACCUCAUCAAAACCAUCAGCCGCAAGGUGCCUGCCUAAAAGAGAGCCGAAGGCUGGUCACAGACCCUAAUAGUUCUCUAAAACAAAAGAGAGAAAAAAAGAGGAAACGACUAUUCAUGCAAUCACCCACACAUACUCUCACACAUUAACCAAAGAGUUUAAGGAAACCCGCUAAUGAAUGCACAAAAGAUCAAAAACAAAAUAUGGUUUAUAUAAUUUUUUUCUAUUCAUAAGUUUUAUGAUUUAUUAUUACUCUAUCUUAUUUGGAAUAAAGAAUUUUUUUAUAAA